UUUGCUUAUUUUCUUUAUGUAAAUGGCAUCUGGUGCUUGGUUUUCAAGCGGCGUGAUUGAAUUUUUGUAAACAGUGUUUGCUCAAAAAACAAUGCAACAUUGACUUGAGGAUUUAUUUGAACUGUCCACUGUGUUUUUAUUUUUUGCUAUUCAGUUCUUUCCUUGCAUUGUUUCUUAAUUGUUGAUAUUUUGUUAGUGUAUAAAUUGACUAUUGGUUAAUAAGCGCCAAUACAGCAGUCCGAAUGUAACAAGUGCUGUGUAUUAAAACAUUUGAUGUCUGUGCAUAUAAAUUAAAGAAGCAUCUUUUUAUUCAUCUAGAAAUGAAGAUUGUGAAUAUUAAAAUGAAGAAAAUGCUAUUAAACUCUAAAUCCAUUGCUAAAAUAAGUUUUUACAAUAAAAAUUUUCUGGAUACUUCAAAGAAACAACCGUGUAUGGGAGAAAUAGGGUAAUAUAAAUAAAGCACUCUCGCAACAGUCAGUUGCUGGCCUAAAGGGUAAUGAAGAUUAGGGCUUCACAAUUUCGAGACCAGGGGUAUGAUGGCAUUGAACACCAACCACUCUUACUUCCCCGUUUCCUUUUGUGAUGGCGAGAGAAAACUUUGAAGGAUCGAGAAUAACAUCAAGAAUCUCAUUUGUCUGUCUGCCAUAGUUGUGUUCUGUGGAAAGAAUUUGAAAUUCGUCUUGCUUCUCACAAACUAGAAAAAAUGGCAUCUACAAAUCAGUGGUGUGUUCCGGAUGAAAUGAACGAUGUUUUAUCUGUUGAGUUUGAUCGCAGUCUAUCUGAAAUGGAAAUGGAUUUUCCUACAAAUACCACAAGCUCAUCUGUAUUUGCUGUGCCUGAGAUAAACUUAAGGAAAGAAGAAAUGAGUUAUGGGAAUUCUGAGAAGUGCCAAAUUGAAUGCAGUGUUGUGCAUGGUAAAAGGAUCAGAUACUCUCAGUUAACGGAUAUUGAUUGCAGUGUUAAGCGAAUCUGCUUCAAUAAAGAAGAAAUGGAGCGAACAGAAAAUUUACAAACAAGAUACCGCCAACAAAGUGCACCAGAGCAUCGCCAUUUUUAUUCUUCUGGAUCUGUUAUUAAUACCUUUCUGUCACAAGUUGUCAUGUCCCCUUUUCAUUGUGUUCUACUAGCUCCAACAGCUAUCUCUACUAAAAUCAAUGAAGAAACAUUAACAUAUUUAAAUCAAGGUCAGCCAUAUGAAGUGAAGAUAAGAAAAACGGGUUCCCAGUCCCUUGAUAAGAGUGUCAUUUUUAAGAGCAUCAUUCGAGUUGGAUUUCAAGAAAGGCGCUUACAGUAUAUGGAAAGGGAACAAAUUAAAGAAUGGCAGAGUCAAAGAUAUAGUGAAAGAAUUCUUGAAAUAGAUAUACCUCUUUCUUAUGGGAUUUUGGAAGCAACAAAUAAUCUAAAUAAUAUAAAUGAGUGUGAGUUUGUCUGGGACUCAAAUUACGAUGUGGGUGUCUUUAUAAAGUUGAACUGCAUUAGUAGUGAGUUCACAGCAAGAAAACAUGGAGGAGAGAAAGGUGUACCACUUCGAAUUUUAAUUGAAACUUAUUCUGAAGGUGAAAAAUUGCAUUCUGCUUCUUGUCAAAUCAAAGUCUUCAAGCCCAAAGGAGCUGAUAGAAAGCACAAAACUGACAAAGAAAAAAUAACUAAACGGUCUGACAAAGAAAAGUAUCAUCCACAGUUUGAGUACACAGUAUUUCGAGAUCUCGCAUUGUCUGACGUUAUGCACUUAAAUGUGUCAUCAUGUGGAACAUCACUACAGAAUUCACCUUCCGACAAGAAAGAGUGUUGUGAUGUUUCUCAAGCUACAUCUACUACUGAAACUCUAAGAAGUCCUGAAAAUUUUUCUCAUAAUAUUACUAAUGAAUCUAGUGCUUCUGAGUGCAUCUUAUGGUUGCAAAAUAACAUGUUUCUUAAUUACUUGAAAGAUUUUGAGAAUUUCUCUGGCAAAGAUCUUUUGUCUUUAACGCGUAGUGACUUGAUUGAUAUUUGUGGAACUGCAAAUGGUAUACGUCUCUUCAAUGCUCUUCAUAGAAAAGGAUAUUUGACUACGUAUGUACGAUUACCAUCACAAAAAGCUUAUAGUGCCAUUUAUUUAAAGUCAUCCAAGGUCCAUGAAUUAUUUACAAAAAUAAAAAUAUUUUGUGGUCUUCCAUCAGAUUGCAGUUGUGAGUUUUAUGCAAGUGGACCAGGAGAUACACGUGUCAUAGUUACUGAUGAGGUUGUUAGUAAUAUGAUUCAAGAUUCACUGUUUGUCAUUGAAUGUAUUGAAGGUACAGGUGAUGAACAAUGUUAUGUGUAUUUGAAACAAGUGAUGUAUUAACUACUUAUAAACACUGAAAACUCAAAAUGAAAUUAAUAUUUAAGAUUCAUUAUGGUUGAAGACAAAAUUUUGUGUGUUGUGCAUUCAGUUAAAUUAAUCAAAUCUAGUAACUAUUAUCAAAUUAUCAUUCAUAAGAUAUUGUGUACUUCAUAGAAAACUAGCAGUUUAAUAAUCAUCUAAAAAUAUUUAUGAUGAUCCAUGAAUUUGAAGAAGGCUUUAAUAAGAGUCUACACAAGAAAUGAACUCAAGUUGCCAUGCCUAAUCUGUAUUGUGUUUAACAUUCUUCCUUCAUCUUUUUUAAUUCUCAAGAAAUUUAUUUCAAAGAAGAUACUCUAGUACUCCACGAAAAUCAAAAUGAACAUGUAAAACAAAUAUCAAUCGCCAGUUGGUUGUGGAGGGUUAUGCAAAGCAUUUAGACAUUUGAACAAUGCUACAGUGCCUAUAGUUAGAGCUGAAGACAAUUUUGCACAAAUUGGCUUUAGAGAUGUAAAAACAUAGUCUUUCAACAUGUAGAGUACAAUUCACAUCGAGUAUUUCUAAAUGUUUACCAGAAAGACUGGCUGGUAUUCCUGAUUGGAGUUUAGCAUUCAUUAUUAUUCACUGUUUCAUUGGUGUCAUUAAAACUGCCAUGCAGUUAAAGGUCUGUCUUUUACACUUAUCCACAUUGUUAUGAGUAUUUAGCAUAUUAAUGCAAUAAUCAUCUUUUUCUAUUACCAUCAGAGUUGAUUUGCCACCUCAACGUCAAUAUGGGUCUAUGUAUUUUAUAGUAUUGGUAGGAUGGCCAGCUUGCACCCAGAAACCAGAUGGGUUUUAUUUUCCUCCCCACCUGGCCAAAUUUAACGUCCUAAUAAAACAAGUAAUAAAUCAGUGAGAGGUGAAACAAGAGAAGUCUUCACUUAUCUUCUUCUGUGGGAAGAUAAAGCAAGCAUUAACUGUAGAAUAUGGGUAGAUGUGCUCUCCAGUUGAUGGAAGCAUCAGGUUCUGCCUGUCACAUAGUCGUCAUUGUUUUUCAGUUAUUUUUGUGUGCACAGAUUUUGAAUUAAAAAAACUACAUAAGUAUGAGACAGUAAUAAGCUCUUUCAAACAUAUAUAUAAGCAUAAAAUCUCCGAAGGGCAGUUUUACAAAAAAUAUGCAGUUACACUUACACGCUCCCUUUAAUGUGAUUUGGUAGAUUUCAUUGCUUAUUAAUUUGGAAUGUCGAUAACUAAAUAGGCUUAGGUAUAGUAUGAUAAUAUAUAAAAAAAAGUGUGAUAAUCUUGAAAAUAUUUACAUAUGACCAAAAGUACUCAUGCCUCUCUUGAAAUUCUUCUGUGCCCCUCAGAUUGAGAAUGGCUGCACUAUUAAAAAAAUUCAUUCUUUUCAAUUUAAACUUCACUCACAUCUGCAUACAACAACACAACUGAAUGCUCUAAGAGAAUGAACAUGCUUUUGUGCUGAAAGGCAAUGACAGCUUUGUGCGUGCUGUAGACACCUUUCACUUAUAAUAAAAUGUUUAUGAAAUACUA